CGUGGCCGGGACCGACAGGCGCGGCGGCCAACAGGAAGGGGAGCGGGCGCGGGGUCGCGGGGGUGUUUCGGAGGGGCCGUGGGGCCAUGGCCGGGAGCCGGAGGAAUGUGUUCUUGGCGAAAUUACUGAAACGACUCUAUGGUGAAACUUCAUCAUCUCUUGUUCAGACUUCAAGUAGAGAAGAGGAGGUGGUUCUUGAAAAUCUUGGCUCAAAAUCUAAAGAAAAGAAUUUGGAUAAUGUUCAGAUUUCAUCAGCAGAUGCUAGCACAUCAACUAAUACACCCUGCGAAUCAUUUCAAGAUAAUGAUGAUACAGUUAUGUCUUCAAGAAGAAUUUAUACAGUGGAUCUUCCUCCAGAGGGUUAUGUUGCAGUUACUCCAGAUGCUCUUAGUAAUGCAGUUUCUGAAAACUCUGGCAGUAGUGCUGACUCAACAGAAGAGGAAUAUCAAGGGCAAACCAAGAGAAAGCGCAUUCGAAGGAAGAAACAAAAGAGCAGUUCACAAAUCUCUAGUAAUUUCUGUGGAGAACAAACAGAUUUGGGAAUGCAAGAGACUGUUGUUCAAGAUAAUUUACAGCUGCAGCAAACAGACGGUCCCAAAAUAAGCAAAAACAAAAGGAGGAAAAUGAAAAAGAAGCGCCAGAAAGAAAAAAAGAGAGCAGCUGGCUUAGUAACAAAAACUACCAGUGUGGAUUUUACAUAUCAGCCUGACAGAAGCAACAAAGAAGAAGCAGCAGGCUUAAAAGAGUUAGGUGAAAAGGCAGAUAGCAUUCUGGACUUCCUGCAGGCAACACAACAAAUUUAUUUUACUGACAAGAAAUCACAAUGCAGAGAUGCUGCUGUAAAUUCAGCAGCUGCCCAAGAGCUCUUACAAUGUCUUGAACUUCGCACCAUCUCUUCCUCAGAUGUGACUCAUCUGCAUCGGCUGAAAUCCCUUGUAUUGCUACAGGAUAUUGAGAGAUUGAAGGAUGCUUUGAAACAAUUCCAAGAACAAUCUAUGAUGUCUCCUGAUCAUGCCAAGGUAGCCACAUCUCUGUUUCACUACUGGAUUACAGAUAUACUUCCUGUGAAGAACAGGAAAUAAAGCCUUACCCAUGCAUCCAUAUGCACAGGAUUAAAAUUUAAUAUACAAACUCUUAACCAAGUAGCAAUUGUUCAGGAAGAGCAGUGUCAAAACACGUUCUGCACCUUCAGGUCAAUGAACAAAAACUCCAAAAGACAGUAGAGGUAAAUGAACAAAAACUCUAGAAGACAAUAAAGGUUUAACUACAGUGUGACUUUUGUGAUGGGUUGGUCAAGAGUAUGGCUUGAGUCUCCAGCUGCAUUAAUAUGUACACUUCAGGAUAAGGGACUUGACUGGAAUGAUAAAGUCUCUAUCUGGUAUUUUGUUUAAGUAGUAUUAUCUUUGGUUUGUAAGUUUAUCAUUCCUUUAUGGAAGUUAUGUUUCUUGACUUUAUUGUAUACCUGCUUGCCUGGAAAAAAGAACUAUAUUUUUUUUAUAUUUAAACCUAAGCAACAUUAUGUCUGAGGAAUGUAUUUUUGCUGAAUAAACUGCUAAAUUGUGGACAUAGA